GGGACUGAAGGAAAAAGGGAAACAGAAAUAAAAAAAAAUCGGAUAAUUUUCAUCGCAUUAUUCUGACCUGGAAAUCUCGCCUUUACCCUUUAUUUUUUUGUACAAUCAUUUUCUCGAAAAAAAUACAAAGGAAAAGCGUUUGUGCAGCAGUUAAAAGUAGAUGCCUUACACGCCUUACACCUUGCAGACGAUUGUAAAGGCUUCUCAAGUACAAGAACAAGCAUCUACCUCACCUACAUCGACAACACUUUUGCCAAAAAGAACAGAUCCAAAUGGCAAUGCACCCACAUCGCCUACCAUCAGCCAGGCUCAACCAAUAGACAACCAUAUUACAGCCGUAAGCGCUUGGGAAACGGAUAUAUACUGUGGAACAUCCAAAGGGACUGUCCUACAUUAUGUUGUUGAGGACACUGCAUCGCUCUAUAAAGCAUUACAAUCGUCGUCUCCGACUCGCUUAGAAAACAGAAUCCACUUGAAUUUGGGAAAGAAAAGUGUAGAAAAGAUUUUGCUGCUACCUCAAGUCUCCAGAGCUGUCGUACUCUGUGAUGCAACACUCUUAUUUUUUUCAUUACCCUUCUUUGAACCCAUCCCAGCAUCCUUCAUACAACCCAUCAAAGGCGUAUUCUGCUUUUCGCAUGACGUCGGUGAAGAGGGUAGGAUUGGAGAAGAUGGGACAGUGGAACUGGUGGUAGUGAAAAGACGAACGAUGCAAAUUUACAAAAUAGGAGAGACAGUGCAUUUGAAAAAGGAAAUGCCUCUCUCCGAUAAUGCCAUUACGGUGACAAGAUAUGGCCGCAUGGUCUGUCUAGCCGAUCACCAGGAAUACAAACUCAUCCACUUGAAACAAGCGACAGUAACGCCUUUGACACCCAUUCCGCGCGUGCCCGCAACAUCCACUUUAUCGGGAGGAGCAUCGAACAGCUCGCUCGUACCUUGUCCAAAAGUAGCCGUUGUGAAAAAAGAUGAAUUCGUCAUUGUGAACGGCAGUGCCGACAACCAAGCCAUUGGCAUUUUUGUCAACGCCAACGGCGAUGCUAUACGAGGCACUCUACAAUGGUCCAGCUAUCCUCAAGCCUUAUGCAUCGAAUUCCCCUACACUGCCGCCUUAUUAUCCAACCAGACGAUCGAGGUGCACAAUAUCCUCGAUCAAACGCUUGUACAGACACUACCCUUGGAUCCCGAUGUCCAAGCCAAGGGAAUGACGUUUGUUCACGGCAUCACUGUAUGGAUGAAUGACAUAGCAGAAAAGUUAAAGCAACGGCCAUGGCCCCACGAGAGGAUACACCUGCAGGACGCAGAAUUGGACAAUCGGUUACGACGGGACACGGCUCGUUAUUCAAGCGCCUCAGCACGUAUUCUUCUUUAUGGGAAAGAAACCGUCAUGGCCCAAACAACGACCCCCUUCGUCGUACAAGCGGACGCAUUGCUCGAUAAAGGUUCGCUGGAAGAAGCGCUGCAGUUGGCAGAACACACAAAGAACACCCUGUCCACGGAUAGCACCGUACACACGGAAAAGCUACGAGCAGAGUUGAAUUACACAUUUCAAAAGGCCGGCCUUUUACUGCUAAAGCAGACGCUUUACGAGGAUGCCUUUUCAUUGCUGUCGAACGGAAACAUCGAUCCACGCGUGGUAGUGCAUAUGUUUGAAGGGCUAUCGCAAGGAAAAUGGCUAGAAGAGUAUCCUCCCGUACUCCUUUACGAUGGCGUGCGACACGUACUCGAAGCAAUAGGAACAAUAAAGGAUAUCGUGAACGACAACUUGAAAGAGUCAGCUUCUGAACCCGGAGGACCUACAAACGAUGAAUCCCAGCUUGCCAAAGACGUAUCAAAGAUGCGGCGUGUAUUGUUAAUGAACGCCAGAGAUGCUUUGCUUGACUAUUUAAAGAAAGAACGCGAUAAAUGGAGAGCAUCCUUAUCAGACGAUAACGAAAUCAUUCGCACCGUCAUUGAUACCUCUUUGCUAAAGAUAUAUUUGUCGCAAAAAGAUGAUUCCUCCAUUCUUGAAUUGUUACAACAAUCCAAUCAUUGCAGUAUCGAGGAUUGUGCAAAGGCAUUGACGAAAGCAAAGAGAUUCUAUGCUUUAUCUGUAAUGUAUAAAUCGAAGCAUAUGUAUGAAAAGGUGCUCGAUUUAUGGGCAAAGUUCUAUACAGGGGAAAUGGUCGAUGCAAACUUUAAAAAUGGAUUAGAAAGCAUGAAAGAGCUUUUAUUACAAGAUACUCCUUCAAAAGAGUUAUCUUUAUCAGUGAUCAUGCAGUAUGCAUGGUGGAUCACUAGCAAAAAUGCGAAAGAGGGUGUUGAAAUCUUUAUGAAUUCACCCAGAUCCAAGGAAAUGGAUCCCGACGAGAUAUUAGAGAAGCUAGAGGAUGACAGCUCUGAAGGCGCAAAAAUAUACCUCGAACACCUAGUUUUGACAAAGAAGAGCGAGAGACCUGACUACCAUACAAAAUUAGCGCUCAACUACUUAAAAGACAUACAUGACUAUUGUUUACAAUCAGAUAGCCGCAGUGACACAGAAGCUUUAGUUGAACGCUUCAAAGAAAUACAGAAAACAUCCUCUUCAGAGGAUGGCAGUGAAGCCCUUGAAGCAGAGGAUCAAACACAACAAUGUACAUUUGUGAGCUAUCUUGCCUCACAGCAACAUCAAACAGAUGUAAUCAAACUUCAUCUAAAAUUAAUUGAUUUACUCCAGACGUCUGGUGUAUAUUCGCCUGCAGUGCUGUUCGAAAGAAUGAAGCAACCGGGGUUGUUGAGCAUUGAGGAAGCUAUUGUUCGUGGAAGACUCGGCGACCACAAAGAAGCCUUGACAAUUUUAGUGCGGGAUUUACAAGACUUUGCUGGUGCAGAAAUAUAUUGCCUCACGAACGGUCAAAGUGUUGGAUUGAUACCUCAUACUCCAACAGCAGAAAGCGGAUCUUUUAAAGAUAAGCCUUUGCUACCCUUGCAAUGCGACGAUACCCAACACUCAAAAGAGAACUUUACUGAAAGACAAGCCUUGUUUUCUAUGUUGUUGCAGUCUUACAUAGCUGCACCGGACAGUGAUGUAACGAUGGCUCGCAGUGCUCAUCUACUCAACACUCAAGGAAUGUAUUUUGAUACCCUUAACGUUCUUGAACUUAUACCCGACCAUUGGCCUGUGCAACUCUUUCAAGAUUUCAUAAUACGAUCAUUAAGAAGGUCUACGAAUAGCCUCGAUGAUAAUAAGAUAGAAUUAGGUUUGAGUAGAGGUCAAAACAUUCUGGUGAGCAGUGACCUAUUCAAACUCUAUGGAGUCAUCGGGCCCAUUGAGGUGGAUAACCAAACAGUUUGUGUGAAAUGUCACCGCUACAUUGGAACGAAUAUUUUUGUGAGAGAAAGCCAGUACGGACAGCUGCUCCACCUUCAUUGUGCCAAAUUACUUGGCUACGUGGAUGAUGCUGGUGAAUGACCAGUAGAAAUUGACUGAAAUUAUUGCACUGUUCAUUUUGUAUAUUUAAAAUAGUAUUCCCGUGUAUGUGCAAUAUGCAUUUAUUAGUUAAUAAAAACAAGUAUUUAGUAGUAUGUAAUAAAUAGAACGUUAAUGACUAUAAUGAUAAUCAAAAAAGGUAAAAUAGUAGUUCUAAUGAGAGAAUAAAAGGUAUGCCUUCC